UGUUUUCAGCUAAGCUUGUCCUGGUAGAUACAAGACAGUGCUCUCAAUUUGAGUUUGUGUGCUGAUUCCACGGCCGCAAAAAUGUGCGAGCUUUGAUUGAUCUAGGUGCUUUGAUAGGAGAGUAAAUGGCGCUUGCUUCCUUCCUUCCUGCUGUAGAACUAUCCAUACUAUAGUACUUUAGAUAGCUACACGUGUUCCUAAUUCAAUUUAGCUUAUUCAUGUCUGCUGAGAGUAGCCCUCCUACUAUUACAACCAGCUCUCCUCCUCCAGAUCUUCAUGAUAGUGAACACCAUUCUCCUCCUAAUAAUGGCUUCUCCCUGUAUCAUCUCCUCUCCAUUGAUGAUCAAAAUGGCCACUCGUCUGAACCAUAUCUCAUUUGGUGUGUCUAUGGUCUUGUUACUCUUCUCUCGCUAUGGCUACUGAUACUUUGCGCCUGGUGUAGAUACAGACACAUCAUUAGCGAAUUGUUUCUUAAUGAUGAUCGUGAAGAAAGUCCCUCCAGCUCUACUACAAUGGAGCAGCUGCAGUUUCCACUUAUCAGUUCCACUAGUGACACUCGUACGAAAUCAGACGAAAAAGAAUACUUUGCCUUGUCGCCAGAGACCGCCAAAAUCGAGAAAGCAACUCGGAGAAAGAAGCUUAACUGACAUCACGGCCAUAUUUUAAUAGAUUAUAAAUUAAAUUAUAAUCUGUUUUGCGGAAUGAUCGCAAAGAAAUACAUAAACAUUAGUUCAAUAAAAUUGUCGGUUUUUUGUUUAUUUAUUUACAUAA